AUGGAAGCUAAAUUACAAAAGCUCAAAGUGACGGAACUCAAAGAACUCCUCGCGAAACAUCACCUAGUCCAGACGGGGAAGAAAGAUGAUUUAGUAAAGAGAUUGUUGGAUAAUAACGUUAGCUUGGACGAUGAGCCGACUGAAGAAUUGUUCGACCCAGAUAUCACUGCGCCUGUUCCUUCUAUAGCUCAAACAUCCACUACAGCUCCGGCGACCUCGACGACAGAGCAACCCACCUCAAAAGCAGCUCCUACCGAACCCGCCGACGAAAUACCUUCAGAAGAUACUCUCACGCCCGAACAAAAAGCAAUGAAAGCCCGAGCCGAACGAUUCGGCAUUCCCUUCAAUCCCAAGGCCGCAUCUACAAAACAGACACAGAAACCGCCAACAUCCAAGAAUGGUGAUGGCAAUACGAAGAAAGAACCUGCCAAUGCCAAUGCCGGUCCACAGAAGAAAGAAUCACAACAGAAGGCAGGAUCCAUAGAUACUACUUCUCUGGGGAUUAGUCAAGAUGUUUUGGCUAAACGGGCUGCCAAAUUUGGUUUACCCGAGAAGAAAGAUAAAGAAUCUGCCCCUCCUGCCCCUGCUGCUAAAUCUACUGAAAAGAAAGUAGAGAGUAAGAAAGAGGAAAUAACUCCUGAAAUGGCAGAAAAGAUCGCUAUCGAAGAAGAGAAGAAAAGGAAAAGAGCAGAGAAAUUCGGUUUGAACAAACCUGCCAAUGGUGAUGGCAAUGGUGGUGGUACUGAACCGGACACGAAAAAGGUAAAAGUAUAG